CCCUUCAUUAUUUCAUCCUUGCUGUCUCCCUCCUUCCUUUCACUCUUCUUCAUCUGAUUUCAAUCUAAUCAGGAGUGUUUGAAAUGUAGGUGGGUUUUUCCACCUAUGCCAGUGUAUGUACAGCUUGAACAGUCACACUCUACUCUUAAUCUCAAACUCUUUCAAGUUCAAGUUAUUCAGAUAGCUUAGUAAAAAGCUCUUGGAAAGAUCCUGGGCAAACAGACUAACCAAAAUGUCCUCCUACAAGACGAGGAAGGAAAGGAGGAGGAGGCGGCAGCAGUACUGAACUGGGUCAAACUAAUUGGGUAGACGGAGCUGUUUGGCUUGGUUUGGGAAUAACGUGCAGGACGCACGGAGGCAGCGCAGCUCUGUCGGCAGGCAUACUAAUUAAUCCACAGAGCUAUUACUGAAGGUUCCUUAUGAAGUCGUUAGCACACCAAACUCCAUUAACAAUCGGAUGUACAGUUUGUUAAGCAGAGGCAAUCCAAGCCUGCCUGGUCUCCUUUAUUUGAAAUGGAAACACAUAUUUGUAGUGGUGGAAACCUGAAGUUGAAACUGAAAGAGCUUUUAAGUUCAUGUGAAGAGGAAAGUCUGCUGAGUUUUGGUGUCCAGGGGCGAGGAUGGGUGUGCGGCUGUCUGUACCAGAAGACCUGGAGCCAUCGCUGGAGGUGCUGUCAACAAGCAGUGAUGACAUUCUGCAGAGGGAGGAUGGUCCUCUGUGUGCAGCAGAAAUUGGCUCUGAACUCCAGAAACAGUUUGCCAUCCUGCCAGGGGGCCGCGCGAUGAACGGCAGCCCCAUCGUCGUAUUCCCAGAAUUCCCAGCUUUCAGCGAGCUGGAGGAGGAGGAGGUCCAAAAUGUCCUCAACUACCUCACCAGCGUCCCCAGCGUUGCAGCAUCAGGAGUGGGUUUCAUCCUGGUCAUUGACAGACGACUGGACCGAUGGGCUGCCGUCAGGACUACCCUGCUCCGCAUCGCUGGUUCAUUUCCAGGGAACUUACACUUGGUUCUGGUGUUGCGUCCCACUACUUUGCUCCAGAGGACUCUGUCAGACUUCCUGUUCAAGUACAACAAGGAUGAGUUCAAAAUGAAGGUGGUGAUGCUUAGUUCGGUGACUGAGCUCCAUGCCUACAUUGACCCAGGACAACUGACCACAGAGCUGGGAGGCACGCAGGAAUACUGCCAUGACAGCUGGAUCUCACACCGCACUGCAAUCGAGGCAUUCGCCCUCAUGGUGAAGACCACGGCUCAGACCCUGCAGGCGUUUGGCACUGAGCUUGCAGAGACAGAAUUACCUAACGAUGCCGAGGCCACCACCAACCUGCUGCACACACACACUCUGAAGAAGGAUCAAAUGAAGGAGGACCUGCAGGUGGCGCUGACUCAAGGGAGACGCCUGUUGGAGUGUAUCAACGAGCCUCUACAGACAGACCCUGAAUACAGCAUGACCUACGAUGAACUGGAAAACUUAGCUACUGUUCAGAGACUCCUGGGUCAGCUGGACGAAACGGAGACAGCAUUUGAUGAUUUCUGGGAGCGUCACCGCACCAAGCUGGAACAGUGUUUACAGCUCCGCCAUUUUGAACAGCACUUCCGUGAAGUGCGCGCCCAGCUUGAUGUGGCAUCAGAGCGAUUGUCGGGUUUUUCUGAGGUCAGCGUAAGCCCCGCCCAUGCUGAGCACGUCCUCCGAGAGCUCAGCUGCCAUGAGGACAAGGCUUUUGACGUACUAGACCGCGCCCUGUCCCUGGCCGUUGAAGGUGACAGGCUGAUAGAAAAUUCCCACUAUGCCGAGGACUCCAUCAGGCCGAAGUGCAGCGAGCUGAGAGGAGUGUGCGAGGAGAUCAGCUCCACUCUGAGGAGCAAGAAGAGCCUCCUGCUCAGGGCAAUGGAGUUCCACCACGCUCUGGAGAAGGCAUCACGAUGGUGUGAGGAGGGCAUCUUCCUGUUGGCCAGCCAGCCAGUGGACCGCUGUCAGUCUCAGGAUGGAGCUGAAGCAGCUCUGCAAGAACUGGAGCGAUACCUGGACACAGCACCGCUACACACCCUCGCCGACCGCAGCGCCAUCUGUUGCCAGUAUGAGGCGGUGCUCACCACUCAGCUCAGGGACCAAGUAGAGAGAGUUUUCCAGAAGCAAAGCUCUGUCCAGGAGAUGUUUGAGAAGAGACGCGUCAGCCUGAAGAAACUCGCCGCCAAACAGACCAGACCAGUCCAGCCAGUAGCACCAAGACCUGAAGUGAAGUCUCCACUCUCCUCUCCCAAUCAACAGCGAAAAGAGAGAAGAUAUUCUGCAGAUAAUGCCAUCUGCAAAAAGGUGGAGUCUCCCUUACAUAACGGUGGCACCAGACAUGCUUCUCUCUCAGAAGAAGAAGAAAACCUGGCAGUACUUCGGCGCCACGUGAUGAAUGAACUGCUAGAGACGGAGAGAGCAUAUGUGGAGGAGCUACUGUGUGUGCUGGAGGGCUAUGCAGCAGAGAUGGACAACCCUGCCAUGGCUCACCUCAUCCCCAGCGCCCUGCUCAGCAAGAAGGACGUCCUGUUUGGCAACAUGUCUGAAAUCUACCAGUUUCAUAAGAGGACGUUUCUAAAGGAACUCGAAGCAUACACUGACUGCCCAGAACUAGUGGGCCGCUGCUUUUUAGAGAGGAUGAAGGACCUGCAGAUCUACGAGGCUUACUGCCAGAAUAAACCUCGCUCUGAAAGCUUGUGGAGGCAGUGCUCCGACUGUGCCUUCUUCCAGGAGUGCCAGAAGAAGCUGGAACAUAAACUUGGUUUGGACUCCUACCUCCUUAAACCUGUCCAGAGAAUCACCAAGUACCAGCUACUGCUUAAGGAGCUGUUGAAGUACAGUAAGGGCUGCGAUGGCUGCGAUGCCCUACAGGAAGCUCUGUCCUCCAUCCUUGGGAUCCUGAAAGCUGUUAACGACUCCAUGCAUCUCAUCGCCAUCACAGGAUAUGAGGGCAACCUGUCAGAGCUGGGUCGCCUGCUGAUGCAGGGCUCUUUCAGCGUGUGGACAGAGCAUAAAAAAGGUCACGCCAAGGUCAAGGACCUGGCCCGGUUUAAGCCCAUGCAGAGGCACCUGUUCCUGCACGAGAAGGCCCUGCUCUUCUGUAAGAGGAGAGAGGAGAACGGCGAGGGCUACGAGAAAGCUCCGUCUUACAGCUUCAAACACUCCCUCAGUAUGAGCGCCGUGGGCAUCACCGAGAACGCUAAAGGAGACUACAAGAAGUUUGAGAUUUGGUGUAACUCCAGAGACGAAGUUUUCAUAGUCCAAGCUCCAACACCAGAGAUUAAAACAUCAUGGGUGAACGAGAUACGCAAAGUUCUGACCCAACAGCUCAAAGCCUGCAGAGAUGCCAUUCAGCAGAAGAGCUCAGACUCCGCGAGUCCCACCAGCAACAACACCUCCAUCUCCCUCAGUCCCUUUCGUAGCAGUGGUCAGAAAAACCAAAAGAAGCAGGAGGAGAAGAAGGCUGAGCCAAGCACGAUCUCUGACGUCAACUCCUCUUCGUCACCGAAACACAAAGAUGAACCAGUGACCAGCCCGACGACUGACAGGUCUUCGGUGGCUAAAAAGCGUUUUACUUUGCAGGGCUUCACAAAUCUCAAGAGUCCGAAAGGCUCGGCCCUAAGCCCCGAGCACGGCUCCAAACGCCACCUGGUCAAGAGUGACCCCACACCAUUUGGGUUCAAAGGCUGGAACAAGGCGUCACUCUCGGUGGAUGCCUCAGAAGAGAAUGAUGGGUACUCCAGCGGCGAGGAUCCCAUUAACUCUGACCCCGAGGACGAAGUAGGAAAGAAGCUGGCUCCAGGAAAGUAUACGGUGGUAACAGACUGCGAGAAGGCGGGACCUCAGGAGCUGUCCGUCAAGAGCGGAGACAUGGUCCAGCUAAUCAGAGAAGGAGAGGAGGGACAGUGGUUUGUGAAGAACCUUCGCAGCAGUAAGGAGGGCUGGGUGGCAGCAGCAAACCUCCUCAGCCUCAUCUCAGAGUCCAAGUCAUCCCAGUCGCUCAGCAGCUCAGAUGGCAGCGUCUCUGGGAACCUCAGCACUUCUUCCAGCUGCAGUGAGACCUACACCAGCUUCUCGGACAUCAAACCCUGACCUGUGAUCACUCUCCCGGCUCCAUCCCUCAUCCUAAAACUAUUUCCAGUUGGAAUUACAAAACCUAAAGCUGACCCGGACAGGAGGACGGAAUCAGAGUCUUUUCAUCACACAGACAUCCACCUCGCAGUUUGUCGGAUCCAACCAAAACCAAAGCUAUCAUUGUAUCUGUGAAUGCUACCAGUGUUUAAGCUGAGUGUUGACUACACCCACCUUUUCUGAGUAUUUACAGUCACCUGUCCGUCUAACUUCAAAUGAAAAAUAGCUUAUUUCCAUUCAGCAGUAUUAUACUCUCAUCUUAAAUUAUUUUUACCUUCAAAAGUAUCAGCAUGCUGGUAGAAUAUCAAGUGUAGGUAUUUUCACAGUUCAUUCCAGUGACAGAAAAUUCAGAUAAUUUAAAUAUCAGGGAAAAAGAGUUCCUCAACACACGUGUAACAGUCAUGUGAUGUAUCACCUCCUGUCAUGCCUUCUUUAAAAAUCACAAUCUCUGUAAACUACGGAGAAAAUCAGACUAAUAACUUACUGAACAGACGUUCAGUACUGUAUUUAACCCUUCUGAUUAUGUAGCAUCAAAGUGGACACAUUUAAAGAAUAUCUGCACUAAUUGUGAGCCAUCAGCAGCUUACAAAACUGUUGGUAUCAACCUUCAAGUCAACAGCAUCCCAGCAUAGCGACAGAUUCUUGUGUGAAACAUCCACACUAUAAGACUGGUAUUUCACAUGAUCAGCUUUAGUGUCAGACAGCAAUCGUACACUGUGAAAACUGGCAGCUGGCUGCAACAAAAAAAGCGAUUUCAGUGCAUCUUGGAGCAUCACCGAGCAGGUCAAAUGUUCAGGGCCCGUUACUGUAAGUCUUGUGACCUUUUUGUACGUGGGACACAUACAAGGUGAAGUGUGUUAAAUCCCUGUAGUGUCUGGCAGGCCAGUGGUUUCAAAUUAGUUGGCUUUUAAUUUUUCCCCCAUUCAAGAACGCUGUUUUCCUCCCAUAUUGUUAAUAUGAGCUUCCUUUAACCCUGGUUUUGUGGUGUUAACUACAAAUUAAAAUACAGAGUCAAAUGUAUCACUAGGCGAAUGUCACCAACAGCACUACCUGGUGGUCAGAUGUCUUGCACUUCUCCUACUACACGUACAAAUCACUUACACAGAGAGCGGCAGCUUGGAACAACUUCUGAACCUCUUUAUUUUUUUUAUUUUUUUUUCUCCAAGAGUGAUUGUCUAACUCGCCUCUGAACUGCUCUGGAUUUACCUCUCAGGAAGCCCAAGAAGUUGCGUGGGCAGGCAGGUGUGACUGCAUACCUGCUUGUGUCGACUAAAUGUCUUUGUGUGUGUGCAUUCUCGCACGUGUGUGUGUGCUUCAGAACAAACCCGACAAGUGUAUGUCACAAAACCCCCAGAGAGGCUAUUAAGCUCCAGACACCAGCUGGAUCACAGUUACACAUAAGGUCCCAUUUAGGUAUAAUUGAGUUAUAUUACAGAGCUGUUACAGUAAUCCUAAUGCAUUCACUGCUGGAUUCAUUUAUAGUUAAGGUUAAGUUUAUUAAUAGCUUGCAUUUUGACCCUCAGUGGCCUCCAAGGGUCCCACAGUUUAAGAACCCCCGGUCAUAUAAACCGAAACAGACGCACAUAAAUGUCAACACUCUGCAUAUAUAUCCAGUUUUUGUGUCAUGGCCACCUAUCUUUGGCCUGCACUGCAGCAACAAAAGCAGGCUUUGUCCACUCCCUCUGCUCCCAGCCCCACUCAGGCAUGUGACAGUAGCCACUUCUCUACAAGCAGGGCUGACCAGGGCCCAGACCUUCUCAAGACGCUUGCACCGCCAGCCUGAGAGCAAUAUUUGUUUACUUGACAGCAUGAUGUAGCUGAGUAAAUCAUCACCGUCGAAUAACAAGAUGCAAAAAAAAAAGUCUGACUUUCGGUGUGAAUUACUCAGCAGGGGUGGUGAGUAAGCUGAGCCCUAGAUGGCCCUGUUUGGCCUUGUAGUGGGAAUGAGGAUGUUUAUACAGGUUGAUAGCACAUCUCUGACAACCAGCUGCUGUGACACCCUUCUUUACACACACACAACCUGUGCUAUUCUGAACGCUGAAUUACACCUUUUUCUUACCUUGUUUUUCAAGGGUGAACGUGUUUUUUAAACCCCGAGAUUUUCUACUGUAUCCACAAACAAUCUCUUCCUCUUUCCAUCUUUAAUGUUGAAUGUGUGACUCUGUUAUUAAGCAGAACAAUACCAAGUGCAGCAUGCUGUUAUACUAAAACCAGCCCCACCUGUUUAUUACUUAGAAUGGGUUGUAUUUGUCCACUGGCUCAACAAAGCCAUGUAUAACACCACUGUGGUUUUGAAAAAUUCGGCCCCGACUACGAUUAGCGCUCGUGAUUGAUUUUUCUCGAGCUCUUUUUGUUGAGAACCACUUUUAUACUCAAAUCAGAAAUCCCAUGUCCUCCCUGUGAAAGGAGAGAUUUUUCUCCAGAAAACGGAAGAAACUAGUUUACAGGUCUUUCGGUAUCUAACUGUGAGCUAAACCAGAGAGUAAACCGUGGCUGGCAUUAUGUGUCUAUCCGUGUAAGUUCUGUAAGACUGAGAAAUGCGUUACACUUGUACAGACGUGUCCUCUAUACCUCACAUUGUUUUCCUCGAGAGCAUGUAUAUUGUGAAGAGGAUCAUGGUCUUUGUGAGUCUCCUUGUCUCUCUGUAUAUCAUCACUCUCUGUGGCAUGUUCUUCAUAGCCCCAAUUUUAAAGCUCUCAUGUCAAAGCCCUGAACAAGGCAAGUAUUUUUACCAGGCACUGUUGUAUUUCGUGAGAGUUUAUUUUCUGCCCUCUUAUGAAAGCUGACAUGGGCACUAAACUUGUCAGUGUUUUGUCAAUAAAGCUUGUUGAAUUGUUUUCUACUUUUGACUUGGAGGCUGGAGAGAUGAGAAGGGGUAUAUUUUUUCUUUUUAUGCAGCACAUUGCAGCAACCACUGUCUUUAUUUUCCUAUUGUAUCUACUGAGUAUGGUGUUGAUAUAAAGAUAUUAUAAUGAGACAUAUCUGUGUAUAUUUGUAAAUAUGUAAUUCUGAAUUGUAUGUAAAAUGAACAGCAGCUUUAAUAAAGUCUGAGAUGGUUUCCUCUA